AUGGCGGAGAAAAAGAACGAAUACCCAGCGAGCGUGGAGGCCGACCGGCGGCUGUUGGAAUUUGAAACAUGGGAGGAUUAUUUAGAUUCACUCAUUGAAAUUGCUGACCUGCGGAAUCUCAGAAGUAUACCCUCGGCCCGAACUAUCGCAGCAUUUGGUUAUAGGGCAAACGGUGACACAUUGCAAGAGAAAGAAUUCUACAAACGUCGGAAAGUAAUACAUGGUAUAGUUUACCCGACUGUGAAGCCUUAUGUACUGGUCAGUGAGGGUGCUGAUGAAGGUGAUGCAUUCAGUAGAGAACUGGCUGUAAGGGAGAGGGCAAAUAGAGUUGGUAUUCUUCAGUCGAUAAUUUUCAUUCGGCACUUCACUAGAGGCGGUUUUGAAAUUUCCGGCUACAUAGAUUACGCUCAUCGGCUGAUUGUGGAAAAUUGGGCGCCAUUUUUUAAAGGAAACAAAAUGCUAUUGCCCCGGGACAGUGAUCUUGGUUAUUAUCAUUGGAGGCAUGGCACUGUGCGAAGUAAUAUCAGCAGGAAUUAUAAGCCCGUUAUGGACCCAGACCGUGGCCUUCUAUUCCAAAACCGUCAUGAUCACAAAAUAAUAUGCCCAGACCCGCAACAGGAUCCCGGCCAGAACACAAGCAAGCAACGAAUAUAUUCGCCUAAAUACACACACAUUGAAAUAUACGACCACGUCGUGAGGCGAAAGAGCUGA